CUUCAAUUUGCUUCCUCCCAACUUCAGUAAACCUGUCUCAUCCUUCACCAUCGAAGCCUAUCAGAAUCACCAUGGUGCAAGCAGUCGUUGUCAGUGCGCCGGCCGUCCUUUCGAUUGAAAACGACCGCCCCAUGCCCACCCUCCGGGACAACAGCCUCCUCGUGAAAGUCGUCAGUGUCGGCCUGAACCCGACGGACUGGAAGAACGGGCUCCGCAGCCAGCCCGGAGUGACCGUUGGCUGCGACUACGCGGGGAUCAUCGAAGCCAUCGGCCCGGCCGUGCAGAAACCCUUCCGCGUUGGAGAUCGUGUCUUCGGCUCCGUCCACGGCUGCAACCCUGAGCAGCCCUCCGACGGCGCCUUCGCAGAGCAUAUAAUAGCUCGAGCUGACCUGGCAACUGUAAUCCCGGAGAACCUGACGUUUCAGCAGGCCGCCACUCUGGGCGUCAGUCUCGUCACCAUUGGUCAAUCACUGUACCAGACCCUGCGCUUGCCUCCUCCUCCUCCCACCAUCCACCCUGAACCCACCCCAUCAGCAUCAGCACCAGCUCAAUACAUCCUCAUCUACGGCGGCUCCACCUCCGUCGGAACCCUCGCCAUCCAAUUCGCCAAACUCUCCGGCUACACCGUCCUCACGACGUGCUCCCCACAGCACGAAUCCCUCCUCCGAACCCGCGGCGCCGACCACAUCUACUCGUACCACGACACCUCCACCCCACAAAGAAUCCGCUCCGCAACCGCAGACCAGCUAACCCUCGUCCUCGACACGAUCUCCACCCCCGAAACCGCCUCUUUCUGCGGCAACGCCAUGAGCAGCCACGGCGGGGACUACACCGCCCUCUUACCGGGGUCUCCCGUGCCCCGCGAAGACGUCCGCAGUCGCUGGACGCUGGCGUACACGGCGGGCGGGUAUGAGUUCCUGUUCCAUGGGAAGCGCAUGCCGGCGUGUCCGGAGGAUCGGGACUUUACGGUGGAGUGGCUGGCGACGGCGACGCGGUUUCUGGCCGAGGGGGUGAUUGUCCCGCAUCCGGUGCGGGUGGGGGAUGGGGGGCUGAACGGGGUGGUGAAUGGGUUGCAUGCGUUGAGAGAGGGGAUGGUGAGGGGGUGCCCUUGGGGGGUGUUGUUUGGCCUUGCCUCUUGCUGGGGUGUUUGGCUUUCGGAUAGACGUGUAGGUAUUUGGGGCGUGCUUCCGACCCAGCGUUGGGUAAACGGAAUGCUACAAAUUCUGAUGAUGGGUGGCGUGUAAAUCUCGAUAAAAGGGAUAAGGUAGUGGAAUGGCAGGUUUUUGAAAUAGCUGGGGCCGAAAAGCCAUGGAGUCAAGCUCGAUAUCUCUGACCAUUCAUUCUUUGCUUGACCAUGUACUUCUUCCUACUGUGUCUCUGAUUGGAUAGGACUGACCAUACCAAGCAGCCUUGCACGCCUGACCAGAAGUGUCCCUUGCAGCACAAUUAUGCGCGGCUGUGGUAGGAUGAGUUCUCUUCCGGAGACCACUAACCCGUGUCCUUAUGAAG